GGAAGACGCAUGACGUCACGGGCUUCCUCAUCCAACACAUGACAUGUUUCGAUACAACUGUGAAACCUAGGAACGUUUCAGCGUCUGUUUUGAUCAUCAGGUGAUUGCAGCUUUGACAUCAGCUCCAUAUGGGGUGGAUAGAGCGAUGAGCCCACCCUGCCCGGCCUGUGGGACGUGUAGAGCGCUGCGUGGGCAGGAAGAGCGGAGAGAAGUAGCAAAGGAUGAGAAGGAGGGUAUGGGGCCUCUGCCAGGGCGUCUCAACGGCUGUGCUUUAUGGCUCCCUGGCUCUGUUCAUCUCCAUUCUCCACAAUGUCUUCUUACUGUAUUAUGUCGAGACCUUUGUGUCUGUUUACAAGAUUGACAAGAUGUCGUUUUGGGUGGGAGAGACUGUGUUUCUGAUAUGGAAUAGCCUGAACGACCCUCUUUUUGGCUGGCUGAGUGACCGCUCAUUCCUGAGCUCUCCUCAGUCUGGGUCCCAGAUCACGUCCCCUGAGGUGGUCCUGAAGCGUCUGCAGGCACUCUCCCGCAGCGGGCCUCUGUUUGCCCUCUCAUUCCUGGCCUUCUGGGUGGCUUGGACCUGGCCUGGACUGCAGUUCCUUAUCUGCCUGUGCCUUUACGAUGGCUUCCUCACGGUGGUCGACCUCAACCACAACGCCCUCCUGGCCGACCUGGCCGUGUCUGCACAUGACCGCACACGCCUCAACUUCCACAGUUCCUUGUUCAGUGUAAUGGGCUCGCUGUCCGUCUUCCUCUCUUACUCCUUCUGGAACAAGGAAAACUUCUACUCCUUCAGACUCUUCUGCGUGACUCUAGCCACUCUCUCAAUGCUAGGCUUUCUUGUGGUUUCACGUCUCCUGCGGCACCGGUUUCAGAACGAAGUCCAGCCAUGCAAGAAUGAGAGCCAAGCACUCACUGAACUGAGUGUCGGUCAGGCUCCUUUUACCUCACCUGAGAAGCCAGUCACUCUUGGGGAAUAUCUAAAGCAGCUGUCCCACCACAAGAACUUUAUGUGGUUUGUUUCUAUGAACCUUGUACAGGUAUUCCACUGCCAUUUCAACAACAAUUUCUUUCCUCUGUUUUUGGAGCACCUUCUGUCAGACCGUAUCUCUGCUUCCACUGGCUCCUUUCUGCUGGGCAUUUCUUACAUUGCACCUCAUUUGAACAAUCUCUACUUUUUGACGCUGUGCCAAAGACUGGGUGUCUACCAGGUUGUCCGCGGGCUCUUUCUUCUGAAGCUGGGCCUCAGCAUGGCCAUGCUCUUUGCCGGGGCGGACCACAUGUACCUGCUCUGCAUCUUUAUUGCUAGUAAUCGCGUCUUCACCGAGGGCACUUGUAAACUUCUGAACCUGGUGAUCACAGACCUAGUUGACGAGGACUUUGUGUUGAACCACCGACAACAAGCAGCUUCUGCCCUGCUCUUUGGUAUGGUUGCCUUGGUAACCAAGCCUGGCCAGACCUUUGCCCCUCUCAUUGGUACCUGGCUGCUGUGUCUCUACACAGGAUAUGACAUCUUCGAGAGAAACUCGAUGGCAGAAGCACCUAUUGCAGCUCCUGUGGUCCCUGUGCCACUGCGUCAGGGUUGCUUUUAUCUGCUGGUGUUCGUGCCCAUUUCCUGUGCCCUUCUGCAGCUGCUGACGUGGUCUCGCUUCACUCUGCAUGGACGAAGGCUACAAAACAUCAAGACCCUAAGGCAGGGUGCCCAACACAGCCACCUCAUUGAUGUCAAGGCUAUCUAAUGUUCUGGUACGCGUGGGAAGAGGAAAGAAAAUGAGUCGUGGACACUCCCUAAGACCAGGCAUGCUGCCAACAGACCCUGAAUGGAGAAUGGUGAUGCCAAAUACUGCAAGAGACACUAAAGAGAGAAUGUAUGGUCCCAUCUUAUUGAAACUUGCCUUAAUUUGCUAUGUUUGCUAACUGUUAUAUUGAGUAUGUGACCAAAAAUGAAUAGACGGUUUAACCAGUCUAGUGGUUUGGGACCAUAUUGAACAGUACUGCCCCCAAACCUCCUGUUCUGAAGUUUCAAUGUAUAGUUAUAUGGGUUGAUAAUCAAGCCAAAUCAAAUCACAUCUCCCUUGCCUGUAUGUUUCACCUUUAUGUGUAAAAAUACACUGUGUUCUGAGAAAGGGCAUGUUUGCAAUACGUUCGGCAGUGUUCCAGGGAUACAUGAUAUGGAAUUGCAUGGAUAUCUGUGGUGUUUUCUUUUAUACUGUCAGGACGUCUACAUUGUCUUUGUAAUUCAGCCAGAUGUUGAAGUUUUUUUGUGGCCAGUAACAUCUGUUUUAUAUAACUUUUUGAAAUUCAUUCACAUGAACAGAAAUGCAGAUUCUGUGUUGUACUAGCAUGUAUAACUAACUUAUUUUUGUACCAAAUGUCUAAUUUCACUUUAUUUUGAGUUGUCAAGACGGUAAUGAAUUCCUUGGCCAGUCUGAUGUUAAAAUGCAAACUGACUUCUCAAAGUUGCAGAAAUAGUUUUGUAUAAGGGUUUUCCAAAUUAAAAUUUUUAUUGCCAAAUUUAUAUUCUUAACUUUUAGUAAAAAUACCAUUUUGACACAUGUGUGAAGUUGCAUUUCCUGUAUGAUCGUUGCAAAAAAACAUGAAGAAACGUCUCAAUAUUUUAAUAUUUUAGGCCUUAGAUGGUUAAAAAAAAUUGGUCAACUACUGGUUUGGGCACAAUGAGCACAUCUGAUGUUUUAUUCAUAUUUCAUGGUUAUUUAUUGUAGGAAACAUUUGAUUUGAUUUUAGAAAAUGUUCACAUUUUUACACAAAUGUGUCAGAGUCUUGAGCUAUGGCUUAGGAUGUAUGAGCUAUUUUCGUGCUUUUGGCCAUUGUUUGAUUACUUUUGCUUGCAAAUAUAUGUCGUUUUAUAAUAGUAAUGUCUCAAUGUGAUAUUCUUGUCUUUGCUAAAUAAAUACUUAGAGACAAAAUUGUAGUUAUUGCUUUAGCAUUAACCCAUUUUAAACUCUAAAAUAUAAUUUGUAUAGGCCUACAACCAAACCUUUU